GAAAAUUGUAGGUUUUGUUUCCCUGUCCGUCACGUCGUGUUUUCACCUCUUUCUGAUGAAAUAAAACGCGGUUUGUUCAGCUCGACUUAAAUAUUAUUUUUUCAGCUCUAUUCUAACGAAACAUGCCACCCAAGAAGGACACAAAGGGCUCGUCCAAACAGCCCCAGAAAACUCAAAAGAAAAAAGAAGGAGGAUCUGGUGGCAAAGCCAAAAAGAAGAAGUGGUCUAAAGGUAAAGUUCGUGACAAGUUGAACAAUCAAGUUUUGUUCGAUAAGGUAUCAUAUGACAAACUGUUAAAAGAAGUUCCAUCGUACAAACUCAUUACCCCGUCUGUUGUUAGUGAACGUUUGAAGGUUCGUGGAUCAUUGGCAAGAAAAGCUUUAGAGGAACUCUGCCAAAAAGGUCUUAUCAAGCAAGUAAUACAACACCAUGCCCAAUUAAUAUACACAAGGGUAACUAAGGGAGACGAAUAAGGAUGUUUUUGUAAAAUAAUUAUUUUAUUAAAUAUAUUAAAAAUAAUAUAACAAAAA